AUGGAGUACACAUAUGAAGAAGAAGAAGGCAGUGAUGUUGACAGAGAGUUGCGGCCGUUAGCUCGCCGGACGGGGAAACAUAUCGCCGCUGGGGAAGAGCGCCCUCGUAUAAAUUCUAGCCAGCAAACAACUCCCACAGAAGAAUGCCCUCCAGAUAUAAGCAUAGAAGAAACGCAAACAGAGAUAGCAAAGUUAGCGCCAGUAACAAGUGAAGAGAGUGAUACUGCUGAGGUCGAAGGACGAAUAUCUUCGGAAAACUCACCGCUGAGGCAUCGACGGGCUGGUAUUUUAAAAGGCGGGAGGCUGUGGAAAUCUUUAGAAAAUGAUAAAGAACUUAACGAACAGAAUGAUGACCAACGGUCUACGACUACAGCUAGUGAUGAAGAUGGAUCAAUAACACCCAGAUCAGUUCGUUUCGUUGAAAAACCAAGCGAUUGUGAAGAGGAAUCUACGGAAAAGAUAGAACAAAUUCCAGCGCAACCUAUAGACGCUGAUCAAAAUUCCCAAAGAGAAUAUGUGACGAGUACCAGUCACAGGUUAGAGACACCACUGAUAUUGACGAUAAGUACUCCGAAGGCGAAUUCAGCAGUUCAACAACUGUUCAACACUAGCAGACCACCGCCGCCGGCGAUUGAGCCUCAAUUAGUCACUUCUGAAACUCUCAGGGCAUGGCAUGCCGGAGUGAGGCCUAAAACAGAAGAUGCAGCAGUGAGACGCGUCGCUGAGAGAAACGCUCUAAGAUGUUCACUUCUCAGAAGUGAAGCCAGAAAAAAGCAACAACCAAAGGAGACCACGUCGCUAUCGGAGAGAAUCCGGCUCCUUACUUGUGAUGUGGAAGAUGACGAACAAGAAGAACAACGUUUAUCACCAGCCGGCGCUAGUAUAGAUAAAUUUUCGAACAGUAGCGACAAGUCAAGUGACAAAUCGUUCAACAGUAUUGAUAAAAAUAAUGAAAAAGCAUUCGGCAGUGCAUCUUCAAGUUCCUCUUCAUCAACUCUAUCAGCGCCGGUACCGACUCGUCAACAGCCACCCGACUUAGGCGAUAUUCAUCAAGAACCACAAAAAUCAAGGUCAGAAUCCCGAAGGCAAUUCCUGUCUACACUCGCUCCGCUCACAGCGUGUGUUGGCAGCGCGGCACAUCACGAGGGGUUCUACUACGUACCGCCCGGUGACAGAAGCUCUGCCUCAUCAGCUACUAACCUUGAACUUCAUGAACAUAAUGAUGCACCAGCACCUGAUGUCGUCGCAGGAACACCAGGUGCCUGUGAAAGUGAUGACAGUUUAGCAGCAUUUGCUCGGGCGUCUGCGCCACGGACGGAGCGCCUGCGCCAGCGGUACGGCCAGGAGUCACAGCCAGUCAGUAGCGAUGAUGAACACGAUGAUUAUGGUUUUCACCGUCGACCAGCAGUUAGAGGUAUAGCAGUGAAACAACAACUGGGGGCUUCAGACGAAAUCCUGCAACAAAUGCAAAAUGAACUGCAGCCAACGUUAACUUCCACAACAACCACUCCCGUGCCCAGCCACGCGUGCCAGCGAACCAGCUCAAACUACUCCUGGCCUUAUUACUCCGAAGCAAAUCUGAACUCCAGGCCGCAGAGUAGAACAAGUGUUAAUACUAACUGGUCAAAAUCAGACUACGGAUCACGCCAGUGCAGUAGUACACCGGUGUCACAACACAGUGAUUCGUGCUACGCCCACGCGCAAAGCAUGGCCACCUACUAUCAGCGGCAACAGGAGACCAUGUAUAGAAAUUGCUCAUUGUACGCUAACAUUGGGUGUUCAGACAGCAGUCAAGAACUGUACAGUUCACAAACGAGUUCAGAACAAACGUCACCAGUUCGGUCGGCUCGUUGUAGAAGACCGGAAUCGCCUCCGCCGAUUAGAAGUCAUCACCAACUUCUGUACGUCCCUUAUAGCAACCACUACCAUUACCAGCAAGAAUACGCACAGACAUGGACACCCAAUGAUUAUAACCGCCAGCAUUCAUACUACCAACAACAUACGCUAAGUGGCGCCAGCACACCGCAGCCCGUUGGGGCGGCAGUGGCCCAGCGAGCUCAUUACACACAUGCCCUGCAAUUACAAACUUUGUGCCCCGCUCCUGCCAGAUACAGGCCAGUGCCUGCGCCACAGCCCGGUGGAGGAAAGCAAAUGAUUUGUUAUUCUGAAAAGGUAGCGGCUCCUUUAUAUCAGCCAGCUCCCGGGUCUCCGUCUCGAGUCGCUCGGAGCGCGCCAGAGGGAGCUGCCACGGCCACGUCGCCGAUGACCGCACCGCAGAACCCCGUCUAUUACGCUAUGAAUGUU